GUGGGGUUAGUAAGUUUAUCAUCAAAUGAACUGUCUCCCAAUUGUUAUUCAGACCAUUCAGAUUCUGGACUGCUAGUAUUUAUAUCUUCUUCGUAGUUGCAUACAUUUCCAAAGUUUUUGUUCAGCUGUGUGGAACCUGCAAACAAAGGAAAAACACACACCCAAUAACUCAUAAAAGGAUAUGAAGUAGAAACACAGAGCAAAGAACAGAGCUUUCAUAUUCUUUCAUUCUUCCCAUUUUUGGGGCCAACCAACCCAAAAUCUUGGUACUGUCCCUUUCUUUUCCUUGUACUACUACUACUACUUCUAGUGUUGUCAUUUUCCAUUUUUCUUCGUUUUCUGUUUUGUCUUGGUUUCAUUUCAUCCGAACCCUUUUGUCAUUUUUAGCAUAAAGCAGUAUGAUUGCCACCGGCCCUUUUUGUUUUCCAUGAUCGGAAUGUUAUACUGUCUUGAUCCCAUUAUGUACAUUUGGGUUUUAUUUUGCAGAUUGGCUAAAGGUGCUUGGGUAAACAAUGGGGAAACGAGAUUUGAUCUGUUUAUGCAGUACAAUUCUGGCGUUGUGGAGUGUUUCUUUUGUCCAAGCUGAAGAUGCUUAUAGAUACUUCACGUGGACAGUUACCUAUGGAACUGCUUCUCCAUUGGGUUUUUCUCAGCAGAUUAUCCUUAUCAAUGGUCAAUUUCCAGGACCAAAACUUGAUCUUAUCACCAAUGACAAUGUAAUUAUCAACGUUUAUAACAAGUUGGAUCAACCUUUCUUGAUAACAUGGAAUGGAAUUAAACAAAGGAAGAAUUCUUGGCAAGACGGAGUUCUUGGAACUAAUUGCCCGAUUCCUCCUAACUCAAACUUCACAUACAAGUUCCAGACUAAAGAUCAGAUUGGAAGCUAUACAUACUUCCCAUCAACUCUAUUGCAUAGACUUGCUGGAGGAUUUGGAGCACUCAAUGUGUGGCAGAGAUCAGUCAUUGCUAUUCCAUAUCCUAAACCAGUUGGCGAUUUCACCCUGCUUGUUGGUGAUUGGUACAAGUUCAAUCACAAGGUCUUGCAGCGGAGGUUAGAUUCGGGGAGAUAUCUACCCUUCCCAGAUGGUCUCCUCAUAAAUGGCCAGACUCACUCCACCUUCACUGGUGACCAAGGUAAAACUUACAUGUUCAGAGUCUCAAAUGUCGGUUUCAGAACCAGCUUUAACUUCAGAAUUCAGAACCACCAGAUGAAAGUGGUCGAGGUCGAAGGGUCUCAUGUCAUUCAGAACCUGUACGAUUCCAUUGAUGUGCAUGUUGGUCAAUCAGUGACUGUUCUUGUCACUUUGAAUCAGUCUCCAAAAGACUACUACAUUGUUGCAUCGACUAAGGCUUUUUCAUCCGGGAAGGGGGCACCACCAGUUCUUAAAGCCACUGCUGUAUUGCACUAUUCAAACUCUCAAUCAUCAGUUUCCGGAACUCAGCCGGCUGCUGGACCUGAUAACGUUCAAUGGUCCUUGAAUCAAGCCAAAACCUUCAGGUGGAACUUGACAGCAAACGCUGCCAGGCCAAACCCCCAGGGUUCUUAUCAUUAUGGAACCAUCCCAAUAACAAGGAGAUUCGUGUUUGCCAACUCUGUCCCUACGAUUGGUGGGAAGCAACGUUAUGCUGUCAACGGUGUCUCCUUCAUUUAUCCCGACACUCCCCUGAAGCUUGCGGAUUUUUUCAACAUCCCUGGUGUUUUCAGUUUAAAUUCCAUCCAGAGUUAUCCUUCUGGGAAUUCUGCUUCCCUCGGCACUUCUGUGGUUGGAACUAACCUGCAUGAUUUUAUCGAAAUCGUUUUCCAGAACAACGAAAGAUCAAUGCAGUCAUGGCACCUUGAUGGCUAUGAUUUCUGGGUAGUUGGGUAAGUAACAUUGAAUCUUUUAGUUUAUGAAACCUUAGCCAUUUCAUCAAUGAGUUCAAUCCUUGAAUACAUUUUGUUUUGAUCACCAGUUUUGGAAUUGGACAAUGGACACAAGCCAGUACUGCUACUUACAAUCUUGUUGAUGCUCCUACUAGACAUACUGUACAGGUACAUCUUCAGAUACAGAAACUUUAAACAUGACUCCCUACGUCCCAUAAUUAUUGUCCACUUUAGAUUUUCAUAUUUGGUUUUAAUUAUACUAAAAGUGAAAUCUUGAAGUGUACAGUAAUUUUGGGACAAAACAUUCUUUGAUAUCGCUUUUUGCGAUGCAUCUCCCCCUUUGUCAAUGCUCAUACAUUACAUUAAUAGAGUUUUACGGGUUAUCGUUGCAGGUUUAUCCUGGGUCUUGGACAGCCAUAUUUGUGACCCUGGACAACCAAGGCAUGUGGAAUUUGAGGUCUGCUGAAUGGGGAAAGCAGUAUUUAGGACAGCAACUCUAUGUUAGAGUUUACUCUCCAUAUCAGACUUUUGCCAAUGAAUACAACAUUUCUAGCAAUGCUCUUCUUUGUGGCAAAGCUGUCGGAAGGCUUUAAAUUUGUCUUAUAAGAUAUGAUCAGGAUGUUGCUUUCCCAGUCGUAAUAGAUUGACUGCUGCUAUAGAGAUUAAAGCUACUGAGGUGAAAUAUGCAUCCUCAAUCGUGAUUGAUAAUUUAUUUUGAGAUGUAAUUUUUUUUUUUUAAAUGUAGAAUAGGUAGAUAAGAUUAGCCAUUUUAUAAUGCAUCUUCAGGUUGGUGUUCAAGUGUUAUUACUAUUUUUUUUUUCUUUCAUUUUUAAUUGGGCGCCACUAUUGUUUCCUGCAAAUACUGAAAAGGGCGUAUGAGUAUUUCUGAAUUGUG